AUGCCUUUGACCCACGAUUCUUUUCCUCCCUACUCUUCUAUCCCCCUUUCACGUUUCUGUUUGCAACGACGUUUUCAAUACUUUAUCGUCCCUUAUAUUUUACGUUUCUCUUUUCCUUGCUGCGCUGCUAAUUUUGUUUUUCUUUUUUAUCUUCCCGCUAUUCUUUCAUGCUUUCCUGAGCUCUUCUCACAAUCAAAGCCUUCUUAUUUUUCGUCUUUUCUUUUUCACUCUUCUAAUCCUCUUCCUUCUUCUUCUUCUUCUUCUUCUUCUUCUUCUUCUUCUUCUUCCGCCUCCUUUUCUUCUUCUUCUUUACAGCUUAAUACAUUUACUCUCACUCUCUUAAAAAAUCAUCUCUCUCUCUCUCUCUCUCUCUCUCUCUCAAUCUUCUCAUCCUUUGUUUCUCCUUUUUCUUGGCAUCUUGUCUCAAAUUUGCUUCCUCUACGUUUUACAUCUCUCUUUCUUUCUCUUUUCGAUCCGUUAUCCUUCACUCUCACUCUCCAUAGUCAUAACAUUCUCUCUUUCUCCUUUUCUUUCUCACUGUUCUUCCAUUAUUCCUUUCUUCCAAUCACGAUACAUUUUCUCUCUGCCUUACCUUCUAUCAUUCUUUACUCUUUUUUUCCGCCAUUUUUCUCCCUCCCUCAAAAAUUGAUCUUCGCGCCUUUCCUCUUUCAUUUUUUCUCUGGCCUUCUCAUCUCUCUUUCUGUUCCUUUGCCGAUUUGUAUUUCUUUAGUGAAAAAAAAAAAAAAAAAAAGAAGACCAGCAUCAGUUAUCUCCCCAUCAGUUUCAUUCAUUUUUUUUUUCAAGUUGAACUCGAGCAUUGGAAAAAUGUCGUCGUACUCCAUUCGUUCUUUUUCAUUCCCGAUUUUUCUCUCCAUUUUUUUUUUUUUGUGUUUCUUCUUUUUUACUUAUUUUUUUGUCUUAUUGGUUCCCCCAUUCUCUUCUUCCCCGGUUACUCAUUUCUUCUUUUACCUAAUUACGAACAGACCGCGAACUCAGAUAACCAGCUCAAAAUGCAAUCAACUUUUUAUACGUAAAAUAUCUAUCUAUCUAUCUAUCUAUCUAUCUAUCUAUCUAUCACAGUUUUCUUUUAUCUAUGUAUCCAUCUGA